CUUGACGCAGGCGGGUACACACUUGACGAGAUAUGUCUGCAAGAGGUAGUGGAAGCUCUGCAUCGGCGUCUGGGUGGUGCCUGCCGACGGCGGCAGGCUCUGGUUGGGCCUUCUGGAAGGAGGUCAAGGCCGACAAGCACAGGCUGUUCACCAUGCAGAAGCACAAGAGCCAUGGCAAGUCGAGGUUCUCGGCUUUGGCGUCAUCGGUUACCAAAACGGUGCGCGGCAUGGUGAACAAAGAGGAUCACAAGCCGUUCCGCAUUCUGAUGGACGCAGCGGGUCCGGCGCCCAAGGUUGUGGGCACGUUUGAGGACAAAGUCGCUGCAGAGUCGGCGUGGAAGUUCCUGACUGGCGUCAUGCUCCCGCUUGUGGAUGCCGAGUUUGGCACGGACUUUGACCGCGCCGCCGUUCUUGCCUACCUCGGCAUCGAGUUCUCGGACGGGCUCGACGAGGACCAGUACAUGGAGCUGGCCCGGGUGCGAAACGGAUCGGCCGGUGCUGUCGCCGAGUACGAGGCCCGUCUAGCGGCCGAGCAGGCAGAGGCCCUACGUGCGGCCGAGGCAGACGGCUCCAAGAUCAUCAUGCUCUCGGUGACCGAGGCCACUGCCCAGGGCCAGAUUCUUAUGCACGGCGGCGCGGUGCUGGACGCUGCGCUGGCCAAGGUUCGUGACGAGGCCGGCCCAUCGGCGGAGCCUCAAACACCCUCUGGCGGCGACAACGCGGAUGGCGCUGAUGCUGUGGAUAGCACCGAUGCGGCCGGAGCUGAAUCGGGCGCGUCGUCGGACGCGUUUGCGGACGACUCGGACUCGGACGGCGAUGAAGCGGGGAGCAGCGCGGCACCCGUACAGCCUGUGCCGGAGCAGGAGUCUGUGCCGGACGAGGUCAAAGUCGAUGCGCCUACCAACGAUGAUGAGGGCGAGGCCGUGGAAACGACCACAGCCGCAGAGCCAGUGCCGCUCUCACCCGAGGUAUGCCACGCCAUUGUAACGCUGGUCAUCCUGCACACGCCGCUGGUUGUGAUGGACGCCAACGAUCUCCAACCGCGGCUGUGCGAGCGGUUCUCGCUCCCGGAAGCCUCACUCGCAGCCAUUGUCAAGACCGCCGGCGAGGGCGAGGAUUAUCGGCAGCCGCAGAUCCAGGUGGCGCUGGAGACGCUGCUGCGCGAGAACGUGGACCGGGCUGCGCUCCUCCGCGAGGUCCUUGUCCUCGCUCUGGCUUCGUCCAAGUACGACGCACGGAUGCGGCAGUCGCUGCGGCUGAUGGCGCGGUCGGCCGGAGUCGACUGGAUGGCGUUUGUCAAGGCCGAGGAUGAGCUGGCGACGAUGCUGCGGACGAUGCUGACGGCCGAAGUCGACGAGACGGUCAAGGCCAAGUCGGCGUCGUCGGGUCGGGCAUGGAAGAUGGGCGGGGCGGCGCUGCUCGGCGGAGCGGCACUGUUUGUGACCGGCGGCCUUGCGGCGCCGCUGGUGGCGACCGCGGUCGGGACCGGGAUGGUGCUCGGCGGGGCGGCGGCGACGACAACAACAACGGUCAUGGUUGGCGCGUAUCUCAUCACGCCGACGGUGCUUGGCACGGCCGGCGCCGGGCUGUCCUACUACAAGAUGGACAAGCGGACGGCUGGGCUCGACGAGUUUGGCUUUGUCUCGGCCCGUGGCGAGGGGGUGAGCGCCGGCGAGGGCAUGCACGUCACGAUCUCGGUCUCGGGCUGGCUUGAGGCCGAGGAAGAGGCCGGCAGUGAGUGGUCCAACGUAUACACGGCGGCGCCGCACGGCGAGUCGUACGUGCUCCGGUGGGAGUCGGACCAUCUGCGGACGCUUGGUGAGGCGUACCGCUCGUUCAUUCGCGAGUCGGCCAAGUCAAUGGUGGUGGGCGAGAUCCUCAAGCGGACCAUUCUCGGCGCAGCGUCGUUCCCGCUCCAAGUCCUCGGCUUUGCCAACAUCAUCGACAACCCGUGGUCGAUGGUCAUGGAUCGGGCGCGCAAGGCCGGCAACCUUCUCGCGCACGUCCUCACCGACGCGCAUCACGGGGCGCGGCCGGUGACACUUGUUGGCUACUCGGCCGGCGCACUUGUCAUCUUCCACGCGCUGCGGGCGCUCGCGGAUGCCGGCGUCGUCGACGUCGUCGACAACGUCGUUCUCGUCGGCGCGCCCAUCCACGAGUCGUCAAGCGAGUGGGCGCGGGUCCGCGCGGUGGUCGGCGGCAACUUUGUCAACGCGUACCAGACCAGCGACUGGAUCCUCGGCAUCCUCUCGCGGGUCUCCCAUUCGACCAAGCCCGCUGCCGGGCUCUCGCCCAUCUACGUUCCUGGCAUCAUCAACGUCAACCUCGAUGGGCUUGUCCAGGGCCACAUGGACUACAAGACCGCGUUGCAGGACAUCAUGCUCAUUCUGUUCCCGUGGCUUGUGUAAACCUUGUUCCUGCG